AUGAAAACCUCAUUAACUGCUAAAGACCAUCCGUUGUGCAAGGGGCUCAUGAUUUCUUCCAUUUCCCAAAUGAGUUCAGGUGUAGACACAAAACUAUUAAAGACAAACACUGACUCUUCUGAGUCUUUUAAAGGCUCUGCAAAAGUUUUGAGUGAGCUGCUCGAAAGUUCUAAGAAUAUUUCUGCUGCAUCUUCUGAACUAGGAUCAAUUCAAUUGAGUGUCAACGAAAUAAGAAGAAGAGCUCAUGAACUGAGGAAAAAGACUGACGUCGAAAAAGACUACACAAAAGCGCAUUAUCUUUUGGCAGGAAGUGGUUUGGCACUUGAGGAUGUGGAUACUUCCUUGAAUAAUUUGCAAUCUUCGCAAUUGUUGGAACAAACCGUCCCUAAUCAAAGUACUGAAGGGGAAAUUGAUACGUAUCUGAAAGUCAGAAAAGAUGAAAAUAUUCUUUCCUCAAUUGAAAAUCUUUUAUCGAUGGCUGCGAAAGAUUUUGACAGUUUUGUCAAUCAAAAUCUAAAUUUGGACUGGGAACAACGCAAAGAAGAAGUGAGAGAAAACUUCGGAAUACUCGUCAAGAGAAAGGCAGCUUUGGACUACAAAAAUAUGGCGCCUUUGAAUCCAAAGUUGCCUACUUGGGGAAGUCGAGGAACUGGUAUUCUCAAUGGAGAAGGCGCAAGACUAAACGUGAACGAAAACUACGCAGUUCGUGAGAAGUUUGAAAACUACGCCAAGAUUAUGCAUAAGUUCAACAGUGCCAGACAAGCAAAACAAGAAUUUGCCUUGACGCACGAGUUUCUGAAUGCAGUUACUAGUUUAGGUGACUCACAAAAUAGGCAGCUCCUAGAAAGCUGGAAUAUUUUGGAAGGUCUUAAAAGAAAUCCUAACAUAAUCGAAACUGCAAAAAUUUAUUUACAGAAGCAGUUUUUUGAUUAUGUUGGCAAUCUUUACAAAAAGAACCUCAACGAAGGGCUGCCCACAAAUAUCAAUAAGAUAAAGUCCUUUAUAUUUUUCAAGUUGAGAAACCCCAAUAACACCUGGAAAUUUGGAAAUCUCACGAUUGUUAAUGGCGUCCCCAUAUGGGCCUUGAUAUUUUAUCUACUUAGAGCUGGGUUGAUACCAGAAGCACUGGAAGUUGCUGUUAACAAUAAGGCAAGUUUUAAGAAAGUUGAACAAUCAUUUGUGACAUAUAUUAAGGCAUACGCUUCCUCUAAAGAUCACAAGCUUCCUAUUGAGUUUUCAACAAGGUUACACACGGAAUAUAGCCAGCAUAUUAAGAGCGCUCUUGAUGGUGAUCCGUUCAGGCUUGCCGUGUACAAAAUUAUUGGGAGAUGUGAUUUAACUAGGAAGAAUAUAUCUUCUGUGACUCUAAGCAUUGAGGACUGGCUCUGGAUUCAUUUCAUGUUGAUAAAGGAUGAUGUUGCCGGUAAUGAUCCCGUCUACGAGAGAUACAGCUUGGAGGAUUUUCAAAACAUCAUAACUUCAUAUGGCGCAGAAAGGUUUACAAAUUAUUAUUUACAGGUUCUAAUCUUGAGUGGUUUGUAUGAGUUAGCAAUUCAAUAUGCUUAUUCUAUCAAUGAGAUUGAUGCCGUACAUUUAGCAAUAGGGUUAGCCGAUCAGAAUCUUCUAUCUAUCUGCACACAUGAAGGCAGAACGAACAAAGACCCUAAGAAUGACAGCGAAUUGAUUACACUGGAAGACAACCAGAGGAAAAUCAAUUUCACGAAAAUUUUAGGUAACUAUACAACGUCUUUCAAGUAUUCGGACCCCAGAAUUGCUGCUGAGUAUUUGAUUCUAAUUAGCCUUGUAAACACUCCGCAACAAAUCAGGCUUUGCCAUGAAGCUCUAACUGAACUGGUUCUAGAGACAAAAGAAUUUACCGUUUUACUAGGAAAAAUUAAUAGAGAUGGCACUCGAAUUCCUGGUAUCAUCGAAGAGAGGCGACCACUAUUAUAUUUGAGCGACGAAAAGGAAUUCUUAUACACAAUAACAGAGCAGGCAGCGCGGAGAGCUGACGAAGAUGGGAGAAUUCACGACUCGUUGUUGUUAUAUCAAUUAUCGGAGGAGUACAAUAUCGUUAUAUCGAUCGUGAAUGCUAUGUUAAGUGAUUUAUUGAGCAAUACUGACUUGGAUCAACCACUCCUGACGAUUGAUGAUAACAGCGAAACAAGUCCAAUUCUCAUCGCAAAGAAACUUGUUUCAAUAUAUAUGGAUAACCUUGAGAUAUCAAAGAAAAUUCAUACUAGGAACAAGGAGACUUGUAUAUUACUACUAAAACUGACUGAUGCCAGAAGGACCUACCAUGCUCAUCAAUGGCAAAAUACUUUAGCACAGAUCGAAGAGUUAGAAAUCAUUCCUUUUGCAGAUGAAAUAUCCGCUAGGAAAAAAGCUCAAGAGUUCUCUUCCCUGAAUGAAAACAUAAUCAAAAACAUUCCAAGCCUCUUGAUCAUGACAAUGAGUUGCAUUUUCAAUUUAAUUCAAGAUCUCAAUAAAAGCGAUUAUAGAUCAGUAACCAAAGAACAGCAAGUUCUUGCGUUGAAAAAUAUUUCGAAGAACUGUAUGAUAUACGCUGGUAUUAUCCAAUACAAAAUGCCGAGAGAAACCUACAGCACUAUGAUUAAGCUCGACAUAGGCAUGUGA